AUGUCCAACUACAAUAGCGACAGUCAAAGCUCCUCUUCUGGUACCUCAAUGCCGGAUCUUGUGGCGGAAGGGUCCACCAGAAAGGAAAAGGAAGCUAGACUGCACUUUCCUUGCAAGGUUUAUGAUAUGUUGGAGGAUGCCGAUCAACAAGGUCACAAAGACAUUGUUUCUUGGAACGCAAGUGGAACAGGUUUCACUGUACACAAUAAAGAUCUAUUUACCAAGACGAUUAUCCCCCAGUACUUCAACCAGACCAAGUACAAGUCCUUUCAGCGACAGCUAAGUCUGUAUGGAUUUCAACGGAUCACAGGGGGUGAAAACAAGGGCUUGCGGUAUCAUGAAAAGCUUCGACGAGGAAUGAGAGAUCUUUGUCGAUCAAUGAAGCCAAUAGGUUACAAGCCGCGAAGUUCUGAAGCCAAGGAAGUCAUGAAAGCACUCUCUUCGCCUUCUCCUCUCCGUGCGAUGGACGACGCACUACCAGCUGUCAUCUCAUCGAAUUCCUUGCCAGAGAGUGAUGGGAUUGAAAAGGCUGCAUUGAUUCAAACUUUGCAUGCUCCUGUCGAAUUUACAGCAGAUGGCUUUCCAGAAAUGGGUUGCUUCGAGGGCAAGACCUUUUAUCUGAUGGACUCGAGAUCUUUUGCUCACCUUACCAAGACAACCACUACAACUGCCGCCACCACUACUGCUGCUACACAGCCCGUUGCUCCUACUCGACCAUUACAUAAUGCCGAUACAAGACCUGUCAUGAUAGACGGUCAAAUGAAGCGAGCUUGGGAAAUCGGCUUCGAAAUGGCAAUGGCAAUGAAGACUGGACAAAAUUCCAACCACAAUCUUGAACAUGCCGGGAUCGAUCUUUCCAGCCACCAACAACCUUUAUAUGUCGAAUAA